AUGCAUUGCGCGUCGGGCGAGCAGACUUUAGAAGAGUCGUUGCGACAAUUUUGGACGAUCGAAGACUUCCCCUCAGCCGCCGCUUCGCCCCGACCGGAGGACGAGGCGUGCGAGGCACUCUUUAGAGAUACCCAUAUUCGUGAUUCGAACGGUUGGUUCGUUGUGCGUCUCCCCGUGAAAGGUGUCUUGCCCGCGGUCGGUUUGGAGACUCGGCGCAUGGCGAUGGGCUCGCUGGCCUGCAUGCAUCGUCGAUUCGUCCGAGAUCCUAAACUCGCUCAAGCUUAUCGGGAGUUCAUGUCGGUAUAUGAGUCGCUCGGACACAUGGAACAGGUGCCCACAUCUGAAAUAGAUGACCCGCGAGCGUGGUACCUGCCGCACCACGCCGUCGUGCAGUCGACCCUCUCGACUUGGAAAAUCCGCGUUGUCUUCGAUGCCUCGCGAAGGACCUGCGAUCGACAAUGUUUGAAUGAUUUCCUGAUGGCCGGGCCCGCCCUCCAACGUGACCUGUCCUUAAUUUUGUUGAAUUGGCGACGGUACCGUUACGUCUUCACGGCGGACAUCGUCAAGAUGUUCCGCCAGGUUAAUGUCUUCCCCCGCGAUCGGGAUUUACAGCGGAUCGUGUGGGCUCCGAACUCGUCGGACCCCCCGAGAGAGGAUCGUUUGACGACGGUCACUUAUGGUACGGCUUGCGCCCCGUACUUCGCUAUACGCACUCUUUUGCAAUUAGCCGAGGACGAACGAUCGCGAUUUCCCCUUGGUGCUCAGUGCCUCGCGUCAAACACGUACGUCGACGACACGUUCGCAGGAGCGAAUGGGCUCCUUGAUGCAAGGCGUAUCCGCCAGGAACUCGUUGACCUGCUGCAUUCGGCCGGUGUCGAGCUCGACAAGUGGUCCGCGAAUCACCCGGAUUUGCUUCCCCCUAACGCGCCGCGAGCGGUAGAAGAGGAGUCAAGGUCGAUCGGCACCGACGAGUCCGUAAAAACGCUGGGAAUUUUUUGGAGUCCACACCAGGACGACUUUAGAUUUACGACUUCCGGUUUCCACGACGGGUCCGGUGUAUUGACUAAGCGGGUCAUUCUGUCCAAUAUCGCGCGUUUAUUCGACCCAUUAGGGUGGCUAGCCCCCAUUACCGUGACCACGAAAAUACUCAUGCAGGAUCUGUGGAUUUUGAAAUGCGAAUGA